AGUAUUUUGUUCGCGUACGUAAUCUAACAUUCAACAAUUUUUUUAACAAUUACCAGCGCAGUCUUAUAAACAAGUGCAUAGAAGCAUACAACAUAAUUAGUCUGGAGUAUUUUAACUAAAAAACUUUUUUCUUAGCUGCAAAGUUGUGCGUAUAAGAAUGUAUAAUUUGCUAUAAGCCAGAGGAAGUGCAGAAAUAUCAAAAUGGUUGGAGGCGGUGGUAACAAUAAAAUUGUGGCCACCCUCCGGGCUGAUUGUAAAGUAUACCCAACAAAUCAAGGAUCUGCCAGCCUGGAUCAUCAACUUGCCAACUUGAUGAAUUACAAAAUUCGCACUGAGGGAGAAGUGUCCAAUAAGUCGCUCAACACGCUUAGUGUUCCCACUACUGUUGUGGACCUGGGAAAACAAUUGCUGCAAUACGCUCGCGAUUCCGAUGUAAAGGGGGUGAAGAAUGCUUUGUUCCGUGGAGCACCAUUUACAUCCGAUUGGUUGGGAAUGUCCGCCUUACAUUUUGCUGCAAUGAAUAAUCAGUAUGAGAUUUGCCAGGUUUUAUUAAAUGGCGGCAUAAAUAAAGACUCGAAGACAAAAGUUGAUCGCACUCCACUGCAUUUGGCCUGCUACUAUGGUAAUGAGCAGAUAGUUGAAUUGCUGCUCUCUAAGGGUUGCGCUGUGAAUCCUAAGGAUAUGCUUCGCAUGACUCCCUUACAUUGGGCUGUUGAGAGACGCCAUAAAUCCAUUGUACGAAUGUUGUUAAAACAUAAUGCCGAUGUCACUGUGAUCACAAAGUUCGGUCGAACGCCUUUGGCAAUUGCUGUACUGACCGAACAGGCCGAUCUAUUGGAAGAUUUGGAAAACGCUCGUCAAGCUCAAGCAAAUAGGACAUUUAACGAACAGCAUGAGAAGACUAUUUUGAAGCAUAGAAAAGAAACUUCAGAGGCAGUUAACUCGAUUAUGGGCCUUACCAAUGCCGCCGCCGGCGAGGAAAAUGGCAAUGCUGCCAAGAGUCGUGAGCUUGAGGAUGAUGAGUUCAUGAGCCAAAGUGAAUAUGCGGCAUCAAAAAUAGAAGACUUGGAAAAUAUUAAGGAAACUGGUAUAAUUGGAGAUUCAACGCUAAAUCUGUUAAAGUCUCACGGCAUCUCAAUGAUGCCCGAAGAUGAUACGUCUAAGGACAUGCUUAAUACGGCACUGCAGAACGGGCGACAGCUGGUGCUAUCAGAAGGUGGCAAACUCCUUUUGAACGAAACAAAGAAAAUACAGAAUAGCAAUUCUAAUUUAAGCAAUAGUGUAAGCAAAAAUCUUUUGCCUAGAGUUCGUAACGAUGCAUAUGUCAGUUCCUCCAACACAAAUACAAAUAUGAGUAAGUUAAAGCCGAAUAUAAUAUCAAAAGCAAAGGACAAUCAACAACAACAAAUGGCUAAAAACAAGAACAUACGUAUUAUAUCACUAAACGAUUUUAAGAAAUUGUAUGGGAAUACAAACCUCAAGUCAAUGCAAAAAAUACCGCCAUCAGUAACAAGUCAACAGCGGGUGGUCAAUGUACGCCAGCCAAUGCAAUUGAGACAGCAACAGAUAAAAGUCGAUUUGAAGAAUGACAACAACAACAAACAUAACGCAACACAGGAUAAUGCGGCGGUCGUACUUGAAGAGGACAUAUUGCCCCACAUAAUACAAAUAGCCAGCAAGGAUGAGAACGAUGUUGCCGACACCGAAAUGCCAAAGCAACAAACUUUGGUUCGAACCAUACAACCACAUUCUGCAAUAACAAAGCAAUCUGUGCGCAUAGUACCUGCCAAACGUGUAGAACACUUGGGGGGUGCUGUACCAGUGCGUCAGGUGAACGCAGCCAAAACAAUUAAACUCGCGCCCAGUCGAACCACAGUUCUUCAAGACACGAAACCAGCGGCGGGCUCAUCACCGGUGGUGCCGCUGCUAACCACCACAGAAAUUUGCCGCCAACUGCUGCUGAUGAAGCAACAGAACGAGGAGCUGCGCAGAAAAUUCGACUUGGCACAAAAGGAGAAAGAGGAAAUGCGCCAACGCAUCGAUCGUUUGGAGGAGUUAUUAUUAGUUGAAAAAACAGACGAUGAUUUUACAAAUUGAUUUUUGUACCACAACGAAGUUAAUUUAAUGUACUGCCCGUUUAUUCUGAUAAUCAUUUCAAAAAUAUAUUUUUGAAAGUUUUUAUUUUCUAAGCAAGCUAUGCUAAGCAAUUUAGGCGAAAUAUCAUAAAUUUUUCCUACGUCCGCACGUAAAAGGAAGUAUGCUAUACGUACGUUAUAUUUUCGAAUCAAAUUGCAAAUUUGUGA